GAAGAAGCAGUGUCAUAGACUUAAUUUCUUUAUAGAGCAAAAUUACUUGAUUUCAGCUUGAAUAUAUGCUUUGAAAAAGACGUGAAUUUAAAGAAUAUCCUGCUUAUAAUCUUUCCAACCAUUUUGCAUUUAUUAUGAGUUCAAUUGGGACAGGGUAUGAUCUAUCAGCUUCACAUUUUUCACCUGAUGGCAGGGUUUUUCAGGUAGAAUAUGCACAAAAAGCUGUGGAAAAUAGUGGAAGUGUUGUUGGUAUCAAAUGCAAAGAUGGAGUUGUAUUUGGUGUUGAAAAGCUUGUAAAAUCUAAGCUGUAUGAACUUUCAUCGAACAGGCGAAUAUUUACAAUUGAUACACAUGUGGGAAUGGCUGUUGCAGGCUUAUUAGCUGAUGCGAGAAAGAUAGUUACAAUUGCCAGAGAUGAAGCAUCUAAUUACAGAUCAGACUAUGGCUCAGAGAUACCAUUAAAACUGCUGGCUUCGAGAGUGGCGUCUUACGUUCACGUUUAUACAUUGUAUAGUUUUCUAAGACCUUUUGGUUGUGGUGUUAUGCUGAGCAGCUUAGGACAAAGUGGACCAGAAUUAUAUUUAAUUGAUCCAUCUGGAGUCACUUGGGGUUAUCAUGGUUGUGCUAUUGGAAAAGCAAAACAGGCUGCUAGGACUGCGAUCGAGAAAUUGAAGGUUUCUGAACUUACUGCAGAAGAAGCAGUCAAAGAAAUUGCCAAAAUAAUCCACACAGUUCAUGAUGAAGUCAAGGAUAAAAGCUUUGUUUUAGAGAUGAGUUGGGUAACAGAAGCUACCAAUGGAAAGCAUCAGUGGGUACCAAAAGAUAUCAUUGACUCGGCGGAAAAGCAUGCCAAGGACACUAUGGAAGAGGAUUCUUCAGAAGAUGACGAGGACCUAUAAGAGCAUUCAUUUAAAAAUGCUCUAUUGGUGAUAUUCUUUUUCAAUUAUUAGUUUCAAGAAACCACGGUAACACUUAAACAACUUUGAAUAAGCAACAUCAGCUUAAGAUUCACUCAGUUUUCAUAGUUUAAACUUUAACUAGAUUUUGUUAAAAUAAAUCAAGUCUAAAAACA